AACAUCUCCAACAAACAACGUCCAAUUGGGUAGAUAUAGCGGUGUAUCGCAUUUCACUCUUUGUCUUCACGGCCUAUUCAACCAUCCGUCGGAAAUACCAGAAAUUAUGUCGAACAUUGAUGAAGAUGAUGAUGCCUUUCUCUACGGGGACGAUUCUGUAAACGUUGCCUCUAAUGAUGGUGCCGUGGCUGCCAACAGCUCCGCUGGAACUCUCCGGGAGAAGAGUGAAGCCUCCAAAGAUAGUAAGGAACAAGGUGACGCUGAUGAUGACGGUAACAGCGACGAGCAAAGAGAAGGGACAGGUGAAAAUGGAGAAGAAGAAGAAGAUGGUGAUGAGUCCGAUUCCGAUUCUGAUUCCGAUAUAGAAUUCAUCAUUGGUUCAGAAGAGAAUAAAGAAGACACCGGCACAGAAGACUUAAUGGACACUGCCACAACGACUGCUGAUGCUCAAACUGCAUCUGGUGUUGUUCCAGAAUCAAUCGGCGAAACGGCAAUUGUCGUGAAUGACGAAGAUGGCUCAUCUGAAUCCGCAGCCCAGCAACAAUCUACAGACGCAACGAUCACACGUGUCCCUGGUAUUGACAUCAACAAGGUUGGUGACUUUGAAGGCAAGCCAAUAACGCAGAUCAACCUACAGGACUUGAAGGAGAAACCUUGGAGACAGCCAGGUGCCGACGUGUCUGAGUACUUCAAUUUUGGGUUUAACGAACUCACAUGGACGAUGUACUGUGCUAAGCAGGAUAAACUGAGACAGCAGUUCAACCCUCAAAAGGCAUUUAUGGAGCUAAUGCCCAUGGCCAUGAUGGGUGGAAUGCCACUGCCCAAUAUGCCUAUGAUGCCAGGCAUGCCUUCAAUACCAGGCAUGCCUCCAAUGCCGACGAUGCCAGGAAUGCCAGGAAUGCCAGGCUUACCAGGAAUGCCCCCAUUACCCCAAAUGCCAUCAAUGCCUCAACAACAGCAAUCACAGGAACAGCAAGAUUCUUCAAACAAAUCUACACCAUCGAUGCAAAUACCGCAAGCACUUUCAGGACCUUCACGCUAUAGCAACGGUAGUAACAACAACUACAACAAAACAGCGAACAGUGACUUCCCAUCAGGACCUCAAAAGCAACAGGACUAUCCAAGAGACCGUGGGGAUAGAGAUAGAAGCGAAAGAGAUUGGGAGAGGGAAAAGAGCAAUGAACCGGUUGAUCAAGAAAGAAACGACAACUUCAGAGAAAGAGAGCAGAGGUACAAUUCACGUCAACGUGGUGGGUCAAAUCGUAGAGGUCGCAGAGAUUACUACUGACGUUAUGUCAACGGAACUUGGAUGGAUACAUGUAGUGUCUUUUCUUGUUAUAUGUAACGAUUCUCACUUCUUCAUAAUAAUAAAAGAAUGGAAAUAUAAGUACAAGACCAACAGGGACAACAUCAUCAUUGGGCUCUGGCCUCGUUCAACUUCAUCACCCAUGGUUGGUGUAGUCUGUUCAAAUCAACAAUCUUCUCAAGAACACGGAUCCAUUCACUCUUCAAUUGACUUGUAUCAGCGUUGAAAUUAAUCACUUCGCCA